UUGUCAUUGUGGUUGUUGUUGUUUGUUGCCUUGGCUUCCCACUUAAAAAAAAAACUCAUCGAAGUGCGAUCUUUGUUGUGUUGUGUAAAAUCUAGUUUUCCCAAUUUUUCCAUGGUAUUUAUGCGUUGCUUUUCUCAGAUUAAUGAUUUUAAGGAAUGAAGGAAACUCUCCUUAAAGCGAAAUGGAUAAUCGAAAGUACUUCAAUCAGGAAGGCAAGGAGGCGAAAAACUUCUACCACCUGUCGGAUAGUGGUGGCGAAUCUCAGCGAAGUCUUCCGAAAAGACCCCCCAUUGGUGUAAGACCACGCUGUAUACAAUCACAUGUGUCGCAACGUCAAAAAUCGCUAACCAAAACAGGACCCCGCGUACGAAGUGCCUCGACGGGACGCGAUAAAAAAUCCGAACUACAAGCACGGUACUGGGCUUUUCUGUUUGGCAACUUAGAGCGCUCGGUGAAUGAAAUCUAUCUAACCGUCGAAUGCUACGAAAAUCUAUCAUCAUGCAAGGAAGCAAUAUUGGUUUUGGAAAACUAUAUUCGUGACUUCAAAGCCCUUGCCGAAUGGUUUAAGGUGUCCUGGGAUUAUGAGGCUACUCCUUUACCACAGCGACCCCACUCAUUAGCAUGGGAAGUGCGGAAAAGCAAUCCAGUGCCGCGAGUUCGCAAGCAGCUCUCGAGCCCGGGGAUGUCAGGUAAAUCUAGUCCAAGCUUUUCUGGCAAAAAUAGUCCCUGUCCUGUGGCGGAAGAAUCCGGUCGGAUAAGUUCGCCCAAGAAACCACAUUCGUCUACAGAGAGCCUCAGUAAAAAAGGAAGCUCAACCAAAUUGUCCCGCUACGAUACGAAAGAUGCUUCGGCAACACCUUCCGAAGAACCUGCUGUCACCGCAGCGGAUGACAAUGGAGUUGCUGAAUCAUCCUAUGUGCUAAAACUCGACCAGUACACCCAAACUAAUUUGGAAGAUGAAAAUCUUACGCUGGCAGAAUAUUUGGAGAAAUAUGAUAAGCAGCAUUGUAACGGAACUACUGUUACGGGUGAAAUUGAAGGAGCCACUAUUCAACCGUUAGAAGAAGGUAUAAGCAGCGAUGUUAUUGUUGACGAAAAGAAGCUAAGCCUUCCAAGCGAACCGAAGGGAGAACCGAUUGCGCCUAGAAGCUUAACAAAGAAUGUUUCCGUUGUAAACAUGACAGCUUCCAAACCUGGUUCACAGCGUGCAGGAUUGCAGUCAAAACCUUCUACGGUACCGAAGAUAGGUGGAAUUCGCGGCAACGUGGUUCGUCCACCGGUGCAAACGAGUUUGGUCCGCAAAUCGGCCACGGCGAGCAGUUUGUCCCAAUCUAGUGUAAAAAUUGGUGCAAAUUUACCCGUCAAAAGCGCAACAGUGUCCAGUAUGUCGUCGCACGCUUCACUAGCUAGGAAUAGAAAUGGUAUCAAGCAAACAUACGCUUUGAAGUCUGGUUCUGCACCGAGAACCCAAUUGGGUAACAGUAUGGCAGCCGUUGCUUCAAGAUUAUCGGUUCGCUCAAAAACAAUGAUAGAAGUUACUUGCAACAGUCGAACAAAUCGGUCUUUUCCUUCUAUAAACAAGGCUCGCGACGAUUUACAGCGACGAUCGACUACGAAACUUUCGUUCGAUGCAAACCGAUCCAAGGAAGCCAUCUACAGUUCUAGCUCAACGUUGAAAGCAUCCACAGAUCGGUUAGGUUCGCGGAACUCUGUUGAAAGUGGUAGUACAUUGAAGCCUAAGUUAUCCGUCCCUACGAAGGCUGCUGAACGUCGUUCCGAACCAAAAUCACUACCCUCGACGGUCGAUACGACGAAUAACGAUGGUUGGUAUACGGUGAAAACGAAACGUCGGUCUAGCUUGCUUUGGGCGACACGAUUCAACCAACCCACCGGUUAUGCAAGCUUGCCCACAUUGGCAUUGUUGGAUGAAAACACCAAUAAUGACAUCACAGAAGUAGAGAAAAAUGGUGCACAGACCCCGAAACAAAACGUAAAAGUGAACGAGCACAAAAGUGAAAUCAAUCAUACGCAACGCGCAUCAAAGCGUGCGAUAGAAAAGUCACCGAAAACAGCAACCCUACAAACUAGAGGCGCAGUAUCGAAAUGUAAUGGGCCACAGACACUUUCGCCCGCGUGUUCGAAAAUUGUUAAAUCACACUCAUCCACAACGCAGCUGGUUAAACCUUUAAUUACGGACGCGGGAUCAAAAACUCAACAGCUGAUGGUUGCGACCAGUCGCGCAUUCGUUUCAAGACAAAAGUCCGAUUUAACGGGUUUAAAGCUAAAAACAUUACACAAGGAAUUUUUACGUAGUGAAAAAAUGAAGUCCAAACAUCCGGAUCUACAACAACCACCUGCUGUAUCGUCGAAUGAUGUUAGGUCUGUGAGUGAUAAUACACACUGCACCAUCCACACUAUGCAGGAAGGAGAUAACCUUGGUCAUCUAAACAUGGUUGAUAUGAAUAUUCAGACGAACAUCAGUACUACAGCGAUCGAUAGUUUAUACGCUAGCUGUUUUGGCGAAUCGGCAGAGUUGAUGUACAGCGGAAAAAAGACAAUCCCGCAUUACGCCGACAUUACCAGUCAAUGUACCAGUGACGACCAGGAAGAGCAAGAACGCGAUGAUAUCGAAAGCGAUGAAGAUCAGCGUAAGCUGUUGGAGGAACAGGAAAGUUUGGAAGCUCAAAUACGAGAACUGGAAAAUACGGAAAUUGACUUCGACACCGAAACCGAUGAGACGGAUUGUGAAGCGAUCAUAGACUUCGAGGACACCGAUGCCACCGUUGAAAGUGGAACAGAGCGGCAGAACGAUUGCACGGGAAUGGAUGGCGAGAAUGAGGAAGAGAUCACUUUGGAAGCACGUUAUGAACACGUGCUGGCCGAUAUGAAUUGGGUUGAUAGAGCUCGUACUCUCGACACACUGAAAGCGAUCGUAGCCCGUCAUCCCGGUCGUGCACAGCAGCUUCACGCCAAACUGUCCAGUCCCUCCCGAAGGCGAUCAUUGCAUGAAACGUUAAAAAAAUAUCAAGCCAAACAGGCACGAGCCUUAGAGAAACGGCAAGCAUUGCAGAAGGAAAAGGCGCUGAAAAUUCAGCAUCUACUAGCGCGCGUAGAGGAUGUGAAAGCUGCCAAACAGUGUUUGAUAGAGAAGAAACGGCUUCGGAUGGAAGAAAGAUUGCAGCGAGCGGCUGAGAAUCGUUCCCAGUAUAUAAAGGACAAAAUUAAAAAAGCACACGAUGAGGAAGAAAAGCUAAGGGAGAUUGCGUUCAUCAAAAAUCUAGAGGCACAAAAUAAGCGACUCGAUUUCUUGGAAUCCUGCAAAGAGCAGGAAGUGCGCCUACAGGAUCUCGAAACGGAGCGCCAGAAACGUGCAGAAGAGAAGGCGGCGAAAGAAGCGGCGGUCGAGCGACGUCGGCAGGAAAUCGAGCAGGAACGCCAAAAGAAACUGCAGCAAAUGAGUGAAAACCGUCGUGAGCGGGAGAAACGGGUUGGCAAAAUGCAGGAACAGAAGGAACGCCAGCGACAAGCAUUGGCUCGUGAGAAGGCACGUGACCGGGAAGAGCGAUUAUUAGCCCUGCAGCAACAGAAGCUGGCCACAGCGGAAGAAUUGCAACGUAAGAUUAUUCAGAAGCAACAGGAGUCUGCUCGCCGACAUGAGGAAAACAUCGAGCAAAUUCGCCAACGGGCCGUCGAAUUGGCGACCAUUCCUAGUCGCAGUGCGGAUGAGCUGAGAAAUGAAGAGCAUGAUGAGGAAAACUCUAGCGUAAGUGAAAAGGAAAGUUCGCAGGGUAGUGGAUCAAAUUUGGUGCCUAAAGUGAACAAGAAGCGAGUGAAAAAGUUGCGCCAAAAGUUGGCAACUGCGGCAGAAGAAUAUCUCACCGAGCUUAAUCCUUUGGCUCCGUCGAUACGCAAACAGAGCCAGGUGCCUCGGUUGUUAAGUACUAUCGCGAAAGGAGGAAGCGGUAUGUUGGGUGUUGAACGACCGAUCGGCCAACUGUUAAGGUUGAUAGCUAAAGCGGAGGUGGCUGAUUUUCAAUCACUGUGGCUGUUGGAUGGUUUAAGCACGAUUGCAACCGUAAUUGAAAACGGUCUAAAUCCGGGUACGGAUGUGUCAAAGAAGGCUGUAGUUCUAUCGGUGCAGCUUUACCGGAACGCUUGCACAUUAUGUCCACAAAUCGCGCGGCAUGCUGUCUUAGGAAGUUCCGUUUUGGUGCUAUUGAAUGCUUUGUUAAUUUCUCUUAAGACGCCAGAAGAAAAAAACAGUUUGUUUCCGGUGGAACUUUCAACAGAGCUUAUACUGGCUUGUACAGUUGCUCUUUUGCCAACAAGUCCUUCUUCGAAGCAGGCGACACAUCGAAAGGUUGCGGAACGGCUGCCAGAUCUUUUGAGCUAUAUCGUAAGCAUUGGGUUAGUUGAGAGCUUGGUAAGACGAAUCGAUAAGGUGCAUGAAUCAAUCGAAAAUGAAACUAGUCUUGUACUUUCGCUGUUGGCCUCGUUGGGAUUACUGACAAAGUUGGUUGAAAUAUGUCCAGCAGGUGCUGACAUCACCAGAUUUAUGCUGACCGCACAGACAACGGAACUGUUUGGCACAAUAUCUCUGCUCUAUGCUGCUGUUGUUCCCAUUGGUGAAAGCAUUCCUCCCAGAACGACUUCCUUGGCGGCGGCUACUUUUAAUCUUCUGGUGACCUUUGCCAACCUGAACGUUGAAGCGUUUCAGGCAGUAUUAUUAGAGCAAAAUCUCUCACUAAAGUUCCUCGACGUCAUCAGUAUACUAUUGCAGUACUGUGUCCCAAAGGCGGACGUAAAAAGUGAAACACAGACUGUGAUAAUCGACUUAAUAGCAACGCUAGGUUUCUUCUGUGCCAACAAUAAAAUCAAUCAGGAUUUAUUAACAUCUGAUCAGUAUAUGUGCGUCAUUAAAAAUUUCGCCAAGCUACCCAAGCAAUUUGACGUAAUAACAUAUCCGACGUUGGUCACUAUAAUUCAUGAGAACCCAAGUGCCAGAGUCGUGGUCGGCAAAGAUUUCAAUGUUGAGCUGCUGGAAGAAUUUAGAAGAUCUGAUAUGGCGAAGAAGAAUCGCAUUAUAUCACUUCUGGUAUAGUGUGGUUAAAAACCGAUGCGCGGAAGUAUGCAAGUGAGUGAAAAGUGUAGGAGAGAAUUUUUUUUAUUAACAAAGAUUCCAGAGAAUACCUUGAUAGUAGGUCCAUACAGGUAUAAGAAUGUAACGGACCGCACACUAAUAUUGCAGUCGUGUUGAAGCGAAAUACGUUGAUAGCCAGUGUUUUUAAAGGCAAAAAGAAGUGCUAUGUAACAAACAUCAAUUACGUUAUAACAUGCGUUCAAAUAUAUGAACCAUCAGUCAUCAGAGCUAACAGGGACGGCGGCAUAUUUUUGAGUUCGGCAGCAUGGUUGCCGUAUCAAUCAGCAUCACCGAUCAGUAUCAAGUAUUUUAGUAGUAUGCAGGUUCAAACAAGCAGAAAUGACAGCAAAAAGUCCCAAUUAAACAACGCCUUGAACGUAACCUAAUCGUCUCAAGUGACAAAUCACAAUAAGCAUCUGGAUUGUUUGGAAGACAUUCUCAUUUGUUCUAGCUGAAGACCUUCAUGUGAUUGCAGAAAUGGUGUAAAAACAAACAAACGUCAGGUCAACCACCGCAACCCUAGACGUAUCGCACAAUAAGUAAUAUAGUAACAUCGUUAGUCCGCAGUACCGUUUAGACUACAUUACUACUCUGUGAUUAAUCUUUAGCUUGUAAUUGAACACAAACUAAACAGAACGUACACUCCACUAACGAAACCAAGUAGCAUAGAUAGUAAUAGAUUCAGUCAAAAUGCUAUCCAGGACAUCAGAUGAAAGAUGGAUAGAGAGAGUCUCAGUUGAUUUUUAGAUAUUCUUUUUUAUUAUUUUGUGUCGCUUUUCUAAAACUUGUUUAUUGAAUCUUUCUUGCUUUAUUUACCUGUUGAGGGAAUGGUGAAUUUUUGAAAAAUAAGCGAAAAAAUUAUGGAACACAACUGAACAAUAAACUGAUUGCUUUUGUACUUACAAUAA